UAUCCACUUUAUUAAUGAGGCGGGCAAGAGGCCCGGGUGAGGGUGUGGGGGUUUGCUCCUGCCCCGCUGAGAGGAGGGGGGUCACAGAGACCAAACCAAUUCAGAGAACCUCAGUCCUUGGCGGGAAGGAGCUGGGCCCAGUUGCCCUGACUGUUGCCAGCAGUUUUGCCCACUCAAGGCUCCCAGCCCCAGAGAGCAGACAUGCAUGGGGUGGAGCAGCCCCUGGAGGCCAGUGAAGUGCGGGUGGAGGCGGCACGGAGCCGAGGAGCCGCCCCAGGAAGAGGGAGCGGCCUGCCGGGAGCCAGGGAGUAGCUGGAGCAGGCAGCAGGAGCCAAGUUCCAGGCCAUGGGGACCCUGCAUCCUGAGCAGCACUGGGUAAGAAGCUGGGACAUUGAGGAUAGCAAGCCAAAGAAGGCUAGCUAUAGCCCUCCUGCUCUCUUGCUGUUUAAUGGCUCUCAGUCCUAGGCUGUCCAUCUCCUCUCAACUAGAGAAUGGGCAAGCCGGGGGCGGUUCAAAUAGGGGUAUGGGAUGGGCAUCUGAAUGAGGCAAUGCCAGACUGGUGAGAGAUUGCCAUGGAGACAAGAGAGGGCAACAGAGAUGGGAUUCUGGAAAAGAGCUGGGCCCAUGGGAUCUGAGAGCACCAUAGAGUUCAGAGAUGGGUUCGGGGUAGCAGGGGUCUGUGGGGACAGAGAGGACCACGGAGACCAGAGAUGUGGCAUAGAGGCCUUGGGGCACAAGAACGGGUCUAUAGGUGUAGAGAUGGGUUGUUUGGGGAAGAGAUCUAACUGCAGAUUGGAUCAGUCUCUGGAGACAGGCACACGGCCAUUGGAAGAGAUGAACUAUAAGUGGUGGCGUUGUUGGAACAGGGACAUCAAGGACAGAGUUAAAAGGUGACCAAAGCUAGUUGUGGUGUGAGCCUUUAAUCCCAAGACACAGGAGGCAUAGGCAGGUGGAUCUUUUGAAUUUAAGGUUAGCCUGGCCAGUUCCAGGGCAAGCCAAGGAGACUUCUGAAAACGGAGAGAUGGGCAGGCAGACACGAAAGUGGAAAUUGGGAUCAGAAAUGGGCAAGGGUCUAUCCCAUGGGAUCAUGGACCAGGAAACUGAUGGGGUGGAAACGUGGAGGUGGGGGUGGGGUGGAGAUGAGACUAGAUACCCGGGACCCGUGCCAGGUCAGUCAAGACCCCCAGCAGAUACGAGGGCAGAAUGAAGCCAGACACGAGAUGGGGCCAGUGACAGGUGAAUAGGAUCUGAAAUGGAGCAGCUAGGGUCAUGUGGCGGUGCCCUGGGCACAGAAGGUUGGGACCCUACCUCACUGUGCCCUCUUCUUAUCUACGCAGCCCUCUUGGCCACUGAUAUGAGCCCCUGCGGGCUUAACCUGAGCCUAGCGGAUGAGGCAGCAACGUGCGCAACACCCAGGCUCCCCAAUACAUCUGUGGUGCUGCCAACAGGCGAUAAUGGCACAUCACCAGCGCUGCCUAUCUUCUCCAUGACGCUGGGUGCUGUGUCCAACGUGCUGGCGCUGGCGCUGCUGGCCCAGGUUGCAGGCCGAAUGCGGCGGCGCCGCUCGGCUGCCACCUUCCUGUUGUUCGUCGCCAGCCUGCUUGCCAUCGACCUAGCAGGCCAUGUGAUCCCGGGCGCCCUGGUGCUUCGCCUGUAUACUGCGGGGCGUGCGCCUGCUGGAGGGGCGUGUCAUUUCCUGGGUGGCUGCAUGGUCUUCUUCGGCCUGUGCCCACUUUUGCUUGGCUGUGGCAUGGCCGUAGAGCGCUGUGUGGGUGUCACGCAGCCACUGAUCCACGCGGCGCGCGUAUCUGUGGCCCGCGCACGCCUGGCACUAGCCGUGCUGGCUGCCAUGGCUUUGGCAGUGGCGCUGCUGCCACUGGUACACGUGGGUCGCUACGAGUUACAGUACCCUGGCACCUGGUGUUUUAUUAGCCUUGGGCCUCGUGGAGGUUGGCGCCAGGCGUUGCUUGCCGGCCUCUUCGCCGGCCUUGGCCUGGCCGCGCUCCUUGCGGCAUUAGUGUGCAAUACGCUCAGCGGCCUGGCGCUCCUCCGUGCCCGCUGGAGACGGCGUCGCUCUCGACGAUUCCGAAAGACCGCAGGUCCCGAUGAUCGCCGGCGCUGGGGAUCUCGUGGACCCCGCUUGGCCUCCGCCUCGUCUGCCUCAUCCAUCACUUCAGCCACAGCCACCCUCCGCAGCUCUCGGGGCGGCGGCUCCGCGCGCAGGGUUCACGCACACGAUGUGGAAAUGGUGGGCCAGCUCGUGGGCAUCAUGGUGGUGUCGUGCAUCUGCUGGAGCCCCCUGCUGGUGUUGGUGGUGUUGGCCAUCGGGGGCUGGAACUCUAACUCCCUGCAGCGGCCACUCUUUCUGGCUGUACGCCUCGCAUCGUGGAACCAGAUCCUGGACCCAUGGGUGUACAUCCUGCUGCGCCAGGCCAUGCUGCGCCAACUGCUUCGCCUCCUACCCCUGAGGGUCAGUGCCAAGGGUGGUCCAACGGAGCUGGGCCUAACCAAGAGUGCCUGGGAAGCCAGUUCACUGCGUAGUUCCCGGCACAGUGGUUUCAGUCACCUCUGAAUGUGCCCAGAAGCUAAGUCAAACCAUUCUGGGCUGGGCUCAAGGGUAUAGAGUCUCAAACUCAGUGUGCCUAGGGCGCUGCGUCCUGUGGGUCCACAACACUGUCACCGCACAGGGGUGAAAGAGGCUCCACUGGGGACGAGUACAGUUCUAACGAUGGUCACGCGAUGGCCCAGAUACAUGGGAUGCUCGAAACACCAGAGGUGGGACUCCCCAGGCCAACAGCUUGAAGAGCAUGCGCACAGCGCCGCAACCUUAGUUCUAAGAUUCGGGCUCUCCAUAAAUAGAGCAAAGUUUUGGAUUCACUUCCCAUCUCUGUCACCACCCCAAUAGACUCUUGCAAGCGUCUAUCCCAAACUAUCCCAAGAAUCUCAACACCUUCUACCCACACGGCCUUAAAACCCCAAUGCUCUCCAACAUACCCCUAAGCCCACUACUGCAUGUUCCCAUCUUGACCUUUCAAAUGUGCCCCAUCAGUCCUGCCCCCAAGAGUCUGCCUUGCCUCUGUCACCUGCUCCAAGCACACUCCAGUCCAGAUGCACACAGAGGCUGAAAAUGCAUGUAUGGAGUAAACCCCAAAGGCUUGUUUUUUAAAAAAUCAAGAACUCUUGGGUAAGGCAGGGGCUUGGGGCUAGUAGCCUCCGGCCACAAAGUCGAAAUCCCGGAAGGCUGCCUGCUCCGCAGCUGUGAGGGGCCGUGCAUCCCGGGGAGGACUCAGUGUGGGGGCCUCCCCAGUGAACUCCUCAUCGAAGUUGCUGACAUCUGUGCGCCCUGAAAGUGUAGGCACGAAGGGUGGAGGCAAGCGGCGGGCCAGCAGGACAUCCCAGCCCAGAGACUGUGGAGAGGGGGACAGAGUGAGUCAUGAUGGACUUUGAGGGUCUGAAGGGAAGUCUAGAGAUCAGCAGGAAGCAGAUAAGAUGGGGAGGGACUGGGAACUCAGAUAAAUCUAGGGAGCCUGAGGUAGUCCAGGGUAAGCCCUGUGAUGAUGAUUUGGGCCUGGAGAAGCAGUGGGGAUGACAAUUAAGGGAAAUGAAGGUUGCAGACAAACGGAGGUAACAUUUGUGAAGAAUCAUGGUGGCUGUGAGGUGUGGGGCUACAAAGCUCUUUAAGAUACAGCUACUAGAUUUGGGGUGGGAAUGAACUGGAACUGAGAAGAAUACUCAGGUCCUUGGGGUGACUGAGAGGAUGGGGAGGGGUCCGCUCACCCGGAAGAAAGGCUGUUUUUUCACAUCUUCUGCAUCGCGCUCAGUGGACCCCAGCCUCCGCUCCGGGUUCCUCCGCAGUAGCUGUGAGCAUGCACAGGAGUUGAUCUAUAUCUGAGUCCAGUCCCGAGACCCCUUCCCAGCCUACCUUGCCGGAGGUGGUCGGGAGGCGGGAGGUGUGCCUACCCUUCUCAUGAUGCCGAUGGCCUCUGCAGACAGGAAGCGGGGAUAGCGAACUUCGUCGUUGACAAUGCUGUCAAAUACCUCCUCCUCAUCAUCCCCAGGGAACGGAGACUGGGGGGCAGAGGAUGCGGGUUUGUAAAAUCCCACUUUUAGCCAAUCCACACACCCAGCACUACCAAAUGGCCUCACCCCUCCGGGAGCACUCUUGCACCGCUGCUGGCUUACAGGGGUAAGUAUCCCACUUUACAACUACAGAAAGAUUAGAGAGGUAAGGCUGCCGGCUCCAGAUCAUACUUCACGUGGUAGGAGCAGAUUCCCAUCUCACUCUGAGGCACAUGCAUGUUCUCUACAGAAAAAAAAAAAGGCAGCCUGGGCCUCACCUCUCCAACCAACAUCUCAUAGAGCAGCACGCCCAGUCCCCACCAGUCCACUGCUCGCGUGUAGGAUGUGUCUGUGAGCACUUCCGGCGCCAGGAACUCCGGAGUUCCGCAGAACGUGCUGGUCCGGUCCCCAUAGCCCAUCCCUGGGUGGGAUGGAGAGCAAGGCCACGUGAGCCUAUAGUUGCUAGGGGGGUAGGAGCAUGAGAUGCUCCAAAUAUCCAUCCAGCCCUACCCCAAGUCAGUAUGGGGUGACCCAGAUGGGGCUAGAGCUGGUGAACUAUUCUGAAGCUGCUAGGGUGAGCAGGUGACUGGCAGCAAAGCCCAUAGAGAAGAAAAUGUCACCUGACCACCUAGGUACAGCUGCACCAGAGGGUAGCCCACCCCCUAUUCCUCUCAUCCCAGGAUUGCAGCCCCUCACCCUCCUUGCAGAGGCCAAAGUCUGCGAUCUUGACGUAGCCCUCAGUAUCCAGGAGCAAAUUGUCCAACUUCAGGUCCCUGGGGAAUGGGGGUGUCAGGGGAUGUAAAGAGGGGUGACUGGGUAGGGAUCGGGGCUCUGUGCAGAGCUUGACCAUGUCCAGUCUGUGGGCAGAACAUUCUCACGUACACACCUGUAGACAAUCUUGUGUUCAUGGAGGAACUGCAGUCCCAGCACCACACAGGCCGAAUAGAAGCUGCGGAGAUGCAUAAGAUCGCACAAGCCUGGUUCCUCAGGCACCAAAGUCCCUGACCCCGGGGGGUGGUGGGGGGUCCCAAAGCUGUGCAGGAGGAAGGCCUGAGGGUGGAGGGCUAGGAGGUGGGGCAGAAAGGCGGGGCCUCGGGUGGUGUGCAGGAGGGGCAUGGUGCUGGGAUAGACUCACACAGCCCGAGGCUCUGAGAACACGUCGCUAUGAAUGUGCAGCAUCAGGUCUCCACCCGCCGAGUACUCCAUCACAAAGCACACGUGCUCUGGGGUCUGGAAACAGCCGAAAAGGUUCACCAGGAAGGGAUGUCCUGCCCUGGUCACGGCCGCCAAAAUCCGCUUCUCACACAUCAGGCUGGACAGGAGGCAGAAGUCAGAGAGCCCAGCUGCCCCUCCAAUACCCAUGCCCUCCAGGUUCACUCAGGUAUCUGUUGAGUUGCACCGCUGUGCAAUUUUGAGCGAUUGGAUUCUUUUCUCAUUUUGGGAAAUGGGUAAGGGUGCAAGGCUCAAGCAGACAGACAGUCUGAGUCCAUGCUGGGGACGGGCUUGGGAAGCACUGGCCCGCUCAUCAGGCUCGGUGUAACGACUGAAGCAUGGGGUCUGAUCAGUGGUGAGAGGCUUCCCUCCCUGUCAGUGAGAGGACGGCAAGCCCAGCCCGCAGACAAGCAGACCGACGACCAACCGCAGUGACACCGCAGUGGCAUCAGGACAGAGGCGCCUUAAGGCAGACACACUGGGCUCUGCAACCCAGAUUAAUAAAUAAACUCUUCCUUAUUUGA